AUGCAUGAAUGGGACUGUAUUAUUGUUGGAGCAGGAGCAUCAUUAGCUACCGUUUUUGGUCGACAAAAGCGAAAAACUCUUUUACUUGAACGAAAUGUAUCAGAACCGGAUAGAAUUGUAGGAGAACUUCUUCAACCAGGAGGUAUAAAGGCGCUGGAAGCAUUAGGAAUCGAAGAUGCAGUAGAAGGAAUUGAUGCAAUUCAUGUCAAAGGAUAUCAACUUCUUUGGAAUAAUGAAUCUGUCAAUAUUCCGUAUGUAAAUAAAAAAUCGUCAUAUCAUAAACAUAUAUCAUAUCAAGGACGUUCAUUUCAUCAUGGACGUUUUGUUAUGAAAUUGAGACAACAUGCAGUUGCAAAUGAAAGUGUGACAAUGAUUGAAUCAACAGUACUUGAUGUGAUUGAGAAUCCAUUAACACAACAAGUUUUAGGUGUGAAAGCUUUUAUUAAAGCUACACAACAAUAUGAACAUUAUUUUGCACCUUUAGUUGUCAUUGCAGAUGGUUGUUUCUCAAAAUUUCGAAAACAAUUUAUAUCUAAACCUGUCAUUAUUAAAUCAAACUUUGUUGGAUUAAUACUCGAAAAUGUUACACUUCCUAUGCCUUUUUAUGGUCACGUUAUUCUUAGUAAUCGUUCACCUAUCUUGAUGUAUCAAUUAUCGACACAUCACACACGAAUUUUGAUAGAUCUUCCAGGCAAACUUCCAUCAAACACUACAGGAGAACUUAAAAAAUACCUUAAAGAAGUAAUUACACCGAUUCUACCAAAAAAUAUUCAAUCAUCAUUUAUCGAUGCACUUGAUAAUCAAAAGAUUCGGUCUAUGCCUAAUUGUUUCCUUCCACCUUCCUUAAAUACAAAACCUGGAUUAAUUAUACUUGGAGAUGCUAUGAAUAUGAGACAUCCAUUAACAGGUGGAGGAAUGACAGUUGCUUUAAAUGAUGCUGUUUUACUUUCAGAUCUUUUAUCACCAUCUUCUGUUCCAUCUUUUCAAGACACUGAUCUUGUUUUACACAAAAUGUUUAUCUUUCAUUGGAAACGCAAAAAAUUUAGUGCUGUCAUUAACAUCCUUGCGCAAAUACUUUAUUUCCUCUUUUCUCCUACUGAUAUAUAUUUAAAUAUUCUACAGAAAGGUUGUUUUAAAUAUUUUCAAUUAGGUGGUAUUGCUAUUAGUGGUCCAAUUAGUUUAUUGUCCGGGUUUGUUCUAAAUUCCUUAUUUUUCUAUCAAUCAUAAUUUACCUUUUUAACACAGAAUUAAUCAUCAACCAUGGCUUC